ACUCUGAAGUCUGCCCCCACCCUUUCCAUUCAAACCCUCCAACAAGGAGGUUUCCUUUGCCAUGAGCGACAGCCAUCUAGACCAAUCCGGGGAGUGUGUGAGAGUAACGCAGACAGCUGCAUCCUCAGAUGACAGCACAGUGUGUGUGUUUUUGUGUCACUGUCACCUGCACACGCACGGGGAACCACAGGAAAGAAGCCAGCUAACAGACACAUGAACAUGUCACGACGCAGCAAACGCUUCAGUACUAAUGAUCAGGAGGAUGACCGUCACAGCACCAGCAGUGUGGAGAGUCAUCUUUUGUACAGAGACAGUCCUGUCAGGAAUACAAGAAGGAAAGUGGGUGCCCUGAAAAGUGCUCCCACCCCCAGGCAGACAACCCAGCACACAUUCUACAGUGAGACAUCUACAUAUGUUAGAGACAAAGGUCCAUUGUCUGCAGCCAUACAAGAAACAGACUAUGGAGGAACCACAUGGGGGGAUUGUGACUUGGUACGUAAAAGGAUGGGAAUGGAUGCUUCUUAUAAUACCAGAGAAAACAAGAAUGGCUUCUCGGAAAUACAGACCACAUAUGACAAAUCUACCUCAUCUUCUGGAUAUUCUUCAGAGGAGGACCAUAAUGGUCACUCUCAUUCUCAAGAUGGUUCUACACCUGUCUCUCGCUGGAGAAGAUGGAGUUUGCAGAUGCAGAAACUGUCAUGGCUUCUGGUUUCCUAUCCAGGUCGUGUAUUUGGACUCUUGUAUUGGUGGAUUGGCACCACAUGGUAUCGCCUCACAACCUCUGCUUCUCUACUUGAUGUUUUUAUCUUAACCAGGCAUUACAAUGUUCUUAAAAAGGCGCUGCUGGUACUAUUGCUCCUUCUAUUAUUGGCACUGAUCGCAGCAGGACUUUGGCAUUUCUAUCCAUUUGGACUCCGGAGCUUGUUAUUGGCCCCAAUGGCUGCAUUUACUGGAACACAGAAAACUAUUAAAGAUGAUGUACAGAUAAGAGAUUCAGGACCCCAAACAAAUCAUAUGUUUCAGGCUGAAUUAGAUGCCCGCAUGAAGUCCCUCGAAAUGAGAUUCCAGGGCCUAGAGAAUGCACACAAAAUGAUGAAACAUGCUGAAACAGGAUCUAAUGCAGUUACCGGUCUCAGCCGAGAUGAGGUGGUUCAAGUCUUCAAAGAACUAUCCAUCACCAAAGAGUCAGCUUUGAGAGCAGGGAUACUGCAGGAAGGUGCAACAAUGACUAAGAGUGAACUCAGAACAUUGCGAGAGGAGCAGCAGGAUAAUCUACAGGACAUUCUGCAGAAAAUGCAUCAGAUGUCCAAGGAUGUAGAAGAGAAGAUUCUGCAGCUUAGAACAGAACUUAAAAGUCCUCCUCAGGAGAAUUUGAGAGAGAACUUCAUUCAGGAUGUGGGGAGGCUGGAGGUAAAGCUCAUGGGCCUCCAGCAGGAUUUGGAGGCUGUGAGACAGACCCAGGCUGAAGUUUCCCAGGAAAUGGAGACUAUUCCUGGACAAAUAAAAGAAGCAAAGAAUGAAGUACAAUCGCUUUUUCCAACAUGGCUCUUGAGCAGCUCAGAACCACAAAAAGGUGGCACUGCGUCUCUGUCUGAGAUUUUCCUGCGCCGCGAUGAGCUACAGAAACACUUGCUGGAGUUGGAGAGGAAGAUUCUGGCUAUGGUAGCUGCAGAUAAGAAAUUAUGGACCUCUCAGGCACACAGAACCAUAGACAUGGAAUUAAAGGCAGGUGGAAUAUCUGGAGUGUCCCGGGAGGAGGUUCAUGAAAUUGUGAACCGUGCCCUGCAGAGAUAUAGUGAAGACCGGAUCGGUCUGGUUGAUUAUGCUCUAGAGUCAUCAGGUGCAAGUGUCCUAAAUACAAGAUGUUCCGAGACCUAUGAGACAAAGACGGCACUGCUCAGUCUUUUUGGUGUGCCUCUUUGGUACCAGUCCCAGUCACCACGUGUCAUACUUCAGCCAGAUUUAAACCCUGGAAACUGCUGGGCUUUCCGGGGAACUCAGGGUUAUGCUGUGAUCCGUCUAUCUAGUCGUAUCCGACCAACAGCUGUCACACUGGAUCACAUUCCUCUGUCUUUGUCACCAAAGUCCACGAUUUCAAGUGCCCCCAAAGAUUUCUCUGUCUAUGCUUUGGAAGAGGAGACACAGAAAGAAGGAAUCCUCCUGGGAAAUUUUACAUACAAUCAAAAUGGAGACCCCAUACAGACCUUUCCUAUACAGGGUGAAAAUAUGUCUGCCUACGAUCUAGUGGAGCUAAGAGUCCAGAGUAAUUGGGGUCAUCCAGAGUACACCUGUAUCUACCGCUUCCGUGUUCAUGGAGAUGCAGAAUUGUAGCAGUUAUGGAGAAUCGAUGGUUAACGGCCCCUGGAAGGGCAUUACAAGAGUAGUGUUGGAUCACAGUCUGUUCUCUCCUGCCAGCUUGAGUGGACUCAUUAUUAUUUAAAAAUUUACAUUUAUGCAGCGGGGUACAUUGUGUUCAACAGGGAAUACAUUGGGGUGUAGAGUUGGAUCUUGAUCCAGAGACACCAACAGGCUAAAGCUUUGACUGUUCCCAGGAUGCAUUGCAUGGCCUCCUCUAUAACCCCGCCUUCGGUCACUGGAGCUCAGGUCACUUAACAGGGGGGCCUGCGCUAGGCAGCCCUGAAAAGAACUUUUGUUAGAAGACACUUCAAGGGCUGCAGCACUUUUAUGUCCUAGUGACAUACUUGGCUACGGCUCCAACUCCUCCCAGGCAGCGCAGCAUACUCCCACUGGCCAGGUUCCCGAGUACUUGCGGCGGAGGCGCUCCAGUUUCCAGGCACACACCGCUGGCGCUCUCCAGGAUUGCGUGGCUGUUUCUUUGGGAGGAGGUAAGAUGGUCCCCCAGGUGGGACCCACCGAAAUCUAGUUCCGAUCGCACUCUUAGGAGAUGGACCGUGAGGCUGGCGUGGACACUGUGUUAGAGCAGGGACCCCACUAUAUCCGCCAGGGCAGGGAGCACAGGUCGGAUUUCACAAAAAUCCUUUUAACAAGGCUCCACAGUACCCGGUGGUGAGGGCCAGCAUAGGGGCGCUUGACCAUAGCAAGGCGCUUGACCGGUAGCCCCUCCCCCUGCUCCAGGCGCCAUCUACUGCUAAUGUUCCAGCCCUGGAGCUGCUCCUUACUCUCCCUCACUCCCUAGAGAUUUGGGCGCCAUCUUUUCACAAGUAGCUGUGGCUGAUCUCCGGGACUGCAGGGCAAUGUCUCCUCUGUAAAUCCGCCUGUUUACUCAGCGCUGUGCAUUUACAGUCACUUAAGUAUUCUACAUGUCAUUUUAGACAGUGUUAGUUAAGAACAAGUGUACUUCUACCUGAAUAUUUAGUACAAGUAUUCAGAGAUAUACAUCCAGUAUCUGACUGUGCAUUGUUAUAUCUAUAUUCAUACAUAUAUGUAGUUUUACUAGUCCAGUGCAGUUUUAUUGUUUGUCUUUAAUUCUCUGUUUGUGUCCUGUAUUUACUGUCACUUAAAUCGGGGUUAUUUGCAGGUAUUGUAUUUGUUUGGCUAUAUUGCACUGUUACGCUCUACGGCUACGUUCACUAUAAUGUCUGCCACACAGGGUGGGAAAUCCACGGACACUUCUGCAUCAUGCAGUGCUUGCACCAAGGAUUUACCUGUGGGGGAAGUUUUAACUGAUGGUUUGUGUACUGGUUGCCAUACAUCUCCCAGUUUGCCUGCAGUCCCUGUAGGAGCCAUCUUGGGCAGCAUUCUCCAGUAUGCUGAAUACGCUUGUGAUGCGUCUUACGCCCCCUUUGGGACAUCCUGUGCCUUUGCAGCCACAUAUUGUCCCUGUAGUCUACCCCACGUCCCUCUGGGGUCAAGGGGUCAUCUAAGCGGGCCGAUUCCUCCUCACAAUCCACUAAUAUUUCAGAUAAUUCUUCUGAUGAGGAUGGGGAAUAUACUGAUCCAUCAGACACUGAUACAGUUGCUUCUGACGAGAAACCUACAACUCAGGUUGAUAGCCUCCACUAGGUCAGGGACAUUAAGCUGAUUCUACAAAUUGAUGAUGAGGUAGAUCCCACUACGGCGUCUAAGAAACCUGAUAAGUUCAAACGUCAGAAGGUUGCUAAAGUAGUCUUGCCAUAUUCUGACAAUGUUAUCGACAUACGUCCGGAAUCCUGGGCUUUUCCAGGAAAGAAAUUCUCCCUGUCUAAGAAGAUGCUAGCUUGUUAUCCUAUCCCUGCGGAGUUGAGUAACAAGUGGGAAAAUCCACCGCCGCUGGACUCUCGUGUUGCCCGUCUUGUGUCAUCUACUCUGCCUGUCACCACUGUCACCUAACUGAAGGAACCGGCAAAUAAGCGUGUGGAGGGAUGCCUGAAGUCUGUUUACUCCCUUACCGGUGCUGUACAUAGAUCCACUAUAGCAGCCUCCUGGGCCGCAAAAGGAAUUUAAGCAUCGGUUCAUGCAUUAGAGGAAGAGCUACCUCAGGAUAUUUCUGACAUUGCCAGACAAUAUCUGUCUCGUAUUAUACCGCCUCCCACUAUAUUCAAGAGGCAUCCUCUGAGGCAGGUGUAAUGGCGGCCAAGGCAUCUACUAUGUCUAUACUGGCUCGCCGAAUUCUGUGGUUAAGGUCCUGGAAGGUGGACCUGGACUACAAAAAGACCUUGGAGGUGCUUACUUUUAAGGGAGACAUCUUAUUUGGAGAGGAUCUGAACAAGAUUGUGACUGACUUGGCGACUGCUAAGACUGCGUUUCUCCCAAGUACUAAUCCUUCUGCACCGAAGGCUAAGAGUACCACUUUUCGUUCCUUUCGACCUCCAGGGAAAGCAAAGGGUCAGGCGUACCUGAGACAGGCUCGUGCUUCCACAACUACGAAGUCCAAACCUAAACAAUCCUGGGCUGCCCGUCAGCCUGCUUCCAAACAAGACAAGCCUGCUGCAUGAUGGGCCGGGCCUCCCGCUGGGGGAUCCCAGGGUGGGAGGCCGGCUUCUGCAAUUCGUUCAGGUCUGAUUAAGGACCACUUCGGACACCUGGGUACGCAGUCUCUUUUAAAGAGAUGUCCCCCUCGCCAGUUCUGCACGAUGGUUAUUACUUCGGAUCCAUUGAAAGUACAAGCUCUAAACCUGGUUGUUCGAUCCCUCCUGGACACAGGAGUGGUAGUGCUGGUAUCUCUGUCCCAGAGAGGCAGGGGAUACUAUUCGACCCUGUUUCUAGUCCCGAAACCAAAUGGGUCCUUCCGGCCUAUACUCAACCUCAAAUCAUUGAACAAAUUUGUGAGAGUGUCCAAAUUCCGUAUGGAAAUUCUGCACUCUAUUGUACUGGCCAUGGAACCUGAAGACUAUAUGGUAUCCCUGGACAUACAGGAUGCUUACCUGCAUAUAACUAUUGCCAUAUCGCAUCAACAAUAUCUGCAGUUUGCUAUUAGCAACCUACAUUAUCAACUCCAGGCACUGCUGUUUGGACUGACCACUGCCCAUCGGAUCUUCACCAAGGUCAUGGCUGUGAUGACGGCCCUUCUCCGCCAUCAGGGAAUCAGGAUCCUGCCGUAUCUGGACGACUUGCUGAUCCUGGCGAACUCCCAAGAUGUUCUCAGUCAUCUGGAACUGACGGUCCAAUUCCUUCAAGCCCACGGGUGGCUCAUAAACUGGAAAAAGUCCUCGCUGGUCCCUGCUCAGAGCAUGGUGCACCUGGGGGCACUGCUGGACACACAUAGCCAAAGAUUGUUUCUGUCUCCACAGAAAGUCUGAAACUCCAGGACAGGAUCAGAUACUUCCUCUCUCGCCCAAGAGUGUCGAUACACUCAGCGAUACAAGUACUAGGCCUCAUGGUUUCGGCUUUCGACAUGGUAGAGUACGCUCCAUUUCAUUCCCACCCUCUUCAAAGGUUAAUCCUUUCCAAGUGAGUCGGCCUGCCUCAUCGGAUCAGGUCUCAAAUGAUUUCCUUGACUCUGGAGAUUCGUCUGUCACUGAGCUGGUGGCCGCCAUCUGCCAGCAAUAUCUCCAGUGUGUUCAUUCCUGGAGCCCUCAACUGGGAAGAGCAUUUCCUCAGUCGUCAGGACAUACACGUCGGAGAGUGGAGUCUUCAUCCGGAAGUCUUUCAACUCCUAGUGGACAAGUGGGGCCUACCAGAUGUAGACCUGAUGGCAUCUCGACACAAUCACAAGGUUCCGGCCUUCAGAUCAAGGACAAGGGAUCCUCGAGCAGCAUUCGUGGACGCGCUAGCAAUUCCAUGGAACUUUCAGCUGCCAUGCGUGUCCCCUCCAGUGUCACUCCUGCCCAGGGUAUUACGGAAGUUCAAGUAAGAAGGAGGAAUACUACUUCUAGUAGGUUCCGGCCUUCAGAUCAAGGACAAGGGAUCCUCGAGCAGCAUUCGUGGACGCGCUAGCAAUUCCAUGGAACUUUCAGCUGCCAUGCGUGUCCCCUCCAGUGUCACUCCUGCCCAGGGUAUUACGGAAGUUCAAGUAAGAAGGAGGAAUACUACUUCUAGUCACUCCAGCGUGGUCCAGACGGCAUUGGUUAUCAGACCUGCAGGGUCUAUCGAUCGAGCGUCCUCUUCUACUUCCUCAAUGCCCAGACCUCCUCGUUCAGGGCCCUUGUGUCUACCUGGACCUGGCAAGACUGGCUAUGACGGCGUGGCUCUUGAAGCUUCACUCCUGAGGGUCAAAGGAUUCUCCGAGGUGGUUAUUCAAACUAUGCUGAAGGCCCGCAAACCGGCUUCUGCACGGAUUUAUUACAGGGUCUGGAAUUCUUACUUCACCUGGUGUGCUGCUAAGAAUUACAAUACAUACAAUUUCAGAACUUCCAGACUUUUGGCUUUUCUGUUGAUGUGGUUUCAGAGAAAGAUUGCGUCUAUUCCUGACAUUCAUACUUUUUACGGAUUCAGCUUCCCUAUGUCCCUCCUGUGGCUCCUAGGGAUCUGUCUGUUGUCUUGAAUGCCCUACAAAAGUCUCCAUUUGAACCUCUUGAGUCUGUGGACCUUAACUAUCUUAUGCUUAAGGUUGUCUUUCUGCUGGCUAUUGUGUCUGCUAGGAUGGUGUCAAACUUAGGAGCUUUGUCCUGUCGUCCGCCCUUUCUGAUUUUUCACCGUGACCGGGCAGUUCUUCGAACUUGCCCUGGUUAUUUGCUUAAGGUGGUGUCAUCUUUUCACCUUAACCAAGAGAUUGUGGUUCCGGCUUCUGAUUUGUCCUCCAAAGAGUGGUCUUUGGAUGUGGUACGGGCUCUCCGUAUUUACGUGGAGAGGACUGCCUCUCUCAGGAGGUCUGAUACCCUUUUAGUACUUUUUGUUUUUCACAAAUGUGGCUGGCCAGAUGGAUUAGAAUGGUGAUUGCACAAGCUUAUGCACAGGCUGGUCUUCCAGCUCCUGCUGCUAUCAAAGCCCAUUCUACUCGGUCUGUUGGACCUUCUUGGGCGGCCCGCCGAGGCGUGUCCGCUGAACAAUUGUGCAAGGUGACUACGUGGUCCUCAGUGAACACGUUCAUUAGGUUUUAUGCCUUUGAUACUUCCGCCUCCCAGGAUGCUUCCUUUGGACGCCGGGUUCUGGUGCCCGCUAAGGUGCAUCCCCUCCCAUGAGGAACUGCUUUAGGACAUCCCCGAUGUAUUCCCUGUGAAACACAGUGUACCCCACUGCAGAAAAGGAGAUUUAUGGUAGACUUACCGUAGUUAACUCUGUUUCUGCGAGGUACACUGGGUUCCACAGGGCGCUCACCCUGACGCACUUAGCUUCUUUGGGUUUGUAUGGCAUUAGCCACUGGUCCCUUCUCCUGUUGUGAGAAUGUGGUUCUAUGUGACUAACAUCUGCCUUCUCUUUUACCUCCUACUGCAUUGGACUGGUUAAUGAAACGGAGCUCCAGUGUCCGGAGGCGGGGUUAUAGAGGAGGCCAUGCAAUGCAUCCUGGGAACAGUCAAAGCUUUAGCUGUUGGUGCCUCUGGAUCAAGAUCCAACUCUACACCCCGAUGUAUUCCCUGUGGAACCCAGUGUACCUCGCAGAAAGAUUUAACUAUGGUAAGUCUUACCAUAAAUCUCCUUUUUGAUUAAGAGAUUCCAUAUUUUUAUUGGGGAAGAGUAAUACUAUACAGCAGCCAAGUAAGCUGUUGAACAGCUACAACCCAACAUUUAGAUUAGAUGGGUUAACUUUUUCACAGUGUCAUUACUAAGAAAUGAAUUGGUAAUUACAUUAGAACAAACAUGCGCAGAGUAAACACCAGUGAAAUAUGAAAGCAUGAUAUGUUUAUACAACUGGUAAAAAUAUGAAUGUGUUAUCUAAUAUGUUUAUGUCAAUAACAUAACCACAUACAGUACAUGUUCAUAAAGGUCAAAACAGUUAGGCUACCUAUAUAUGUACAUCCAUUGCUAAGCACCUAUGGAUUGUUCACACUGCUAUAAACACAAAUAGAGCUGAUUAAUCUACCUAACAAAUGCAUCUAGAAUACAUAAAAGUACAUCAAGUAGUGGGCAUGAUCACUGAACUGUAAUCAUAGUUUGCUCUCGGCAAUCUGAGUACCUGGACCUUUAUUCUCCAUGCUUAGAGUAUGGAGGAGAUUUUUCAGAUUUUCUACAAUAAUACAUAAGUAUAAUUUUGAAGAAGAAAAAAAUUAAAGGUGCUUUAUUUACCAUAUAUUUUAUAUAGUGUUCCAAGCUUUUCAUGACAAACCUUAUAGUAUGCUGUUAUUUUUCAUGGAAUUGUCUCUAAGGAGAAUGUGAUUUAAGGGGGCGAUAAUUUUUCUGUAUAGCUUCCUCGAUAAUGUGUUACAGCCUGGCACAUAAUUUUUUAGCCUAGACAAAAUUAUAAUUCUCUUGCGUAUAUACUUCAUAAUAUGAAUACAGAAUACAAUAAUCUGGAAGUAGAUAAUAUCAACAGUAUAUAUUGAACUGUAAAUAGAUAAAUGUUCUUUUUGCACUUAAUUGCCUUGACUUAUGCACUGUUGAUAGACAACAUCCAAACAAAUCCUCUGAAAGGCAGUAUUUUAAGUUAUAAAUGUAGUUUGUCUGAAUUAAUGUGCUGUGUUGGAUUAAGUUUUUCGGACUGAAGGUACAUAAUGUCAUAUUAAUUAAAGUCAUUUUUGUUUGAAGAUCUUUUCUAUGGUCGCUGGAUAGGAAAUUGGAAGGGAAUAUGCAGUAUUACAGAUAAAUAUUUGAUCAUAGGUUAUUGUUGGUUUAACAGCUAAUUUUGGCCUUUCACAUCUUAAAACUAGCUAGGUCUAUUUUCAUAAUGGUGAAGACGCAGUCAGUUCCUGGAUAUUUGCAUUGAGGUUAUGGGCAAGAUUCCCUAAAGGGUAAACCAAUGUUUUUUGGAGCUUUUUUCAAAUGUUUUUCAAAGACAGAUUUAUUAAAGGCCAUAGUGAUCCAAAACUGCAAAAAAAGAAAGAAAAGUUUUACAACAGCCCAUAAGAGAUCGCAUCACAACUUUUACAUGCGCAGUACAUAGAUUGUGAAAUUUAUCAAGUUACAGCUUGACAAACUGCCAGAGAAUAGGUGGUUGUGAGUCAAGACUGCUGCCCAUUCACAACUUAAAAGGAGGUACAAUAAACAUAUUUAUUAGUGCAAUCAAUAUAUAUUAAUUAUGGGGGGAAAAAACAUUUAGAGGCAAAAUUAUUAUUUUGAAUAUAUUCGAGAGGGCAAAUUAAUGUAUUGCAUUAAGAGGGCAGUAUUAUUUUAACAUUAUUUUAAGGGAACUAUAUUAAUUAUAUUGUGGUACCAUUUAUAGUUCCAUGAAUAAUAUGGGUUAGAAAUAGAUUAUUAUUGCUCCCAAAUAUAAUCAUACAAUAAAUUGCCUCAACAGAUUUUCGCCCUUAUUGUCAUGUUUGCCAUUACAGCCUCAAACUGUCUUAGUAAAUGCGUCCGUAUGAACCACCAAACGGCAGUCUUGAACAUGAUUCUUUGUUAAUAUAUACCAUUAUGAGAAAGUCAUACUAUUUGAAAACUGAACCAUAGUGGUCAACUUAUUUAAUUUAAUGUUCUCACUCAAUAAAUAGGAUAAAAAGCAUAUAAGUGAUAUAAUCCUGCUAUAACAAAGUACCCAGGAAUUAGAAAUACAAGUACUCACACAUUCAUUAUAAAUAAAAAUAUGCGCCUGUCUGAUAAAAUCAAUCCAGAAUAAGGUAGUCAGUCACAAAAUACCCAAUGCGUAUCAUCAUGUGGCUGAAUAGCGAUAAUUUAACUUCAUCAGGGACUUGCAACUAAAGCUGUGGAGAGCAUUUCCCCUUCCUUCCAGGUAUCUUAGUAGAAGAUUGAAUAGGACUGCUUUUGUUUUCUGUUUUCAUGCACUGGCUAUUAAGGCAUUCAAAAGCCUAGUAAUUGCACUUGCUUAGCAGUUUUUAUGUUGGUAUUAUUUUGAAGAAUGUACAGAUUAUAUAUGCAUCUGAAAUUUACAGUAUUCAUUUAUUGUAUUUAAAAAUUGCUUCAGUAUUUAUAUCCUUGCAAACUCAUUCCUCCAGUUAAAGGUGUUUUUGAUUGCAGUGGAACUAAAAAUAACCAGUAAAAAAGUAUUGCUACACAUAUCAAAGACUAUUGUGUUAAAACGAAUGAUUUGUUAUUUUAUGCUUUACAAUGAAACGUUUUUAUUUGUUCUUAGCAAAUAAUGCUUCUCAUAUCCCCAAGAAAUGGGUGAAGAACAGAUGGAUUAUUAUGAUAAGUCAUGAAAAUAUUUUUCUAUUGACUUCUGAACCUUUUUGGGUGCAUGGCUGGUGUCACACGGGGUAAUUCAGACCUGAUCGCUGCUGUGCGUUUUCACACAGUGGGCGAUCAGGUCCAAACUGCGCACCGCAAUGCGCAGGUGUGUCGCACGGGUACAAAGCAGAUUGCCGCUCAGUGAUGGGUUUGUGCGAAGGAUCCAUUUGCACGGGCGAUCGCAAGGAGAUUUACAGGAAGAAGACGUUUGUGGGUGUCAACUGUUUUCAGGGAGUGUCUGGAAAAACGCAGGCGUAUCUAUGCGUUUGCAGGGGGGAGCUCCUGACGUCAAUUCCGGUCCCGGAAAUGCUGAUGUGAUCGCAGCGGCUGAGUAAGUCUGUUUGUACAGCUCUGCUACACAUGCGUUCACACACUUGCACAACGAACAUGCACUCCCCCUGUAGGCGGCGACUGUCUGAUCGCAGCAGUGCAAAAAUCGCUUGUUAGCGAUCAGGUCUGAAUUAGGCCCUCAGUGCUUUCACUCUGGAGAAUACAUUGGAGGAGAUUCAAAUGUUUGAAAAGUCAGUUGGGAGUCUGUUUUUUCCUGUCUAUUAGGAAAAAACAAACUCCCAACUGACUUUUCAAACAUUUGAAUCUCACCCUUUGUGUUUUGUUAGUGUUUUUAAUCACAGCAAUUUUCCACAGUUCAUAAUGGGUUCAAAUACCCAUUUCAUUUUUUAUUGAGAGCUUUGGACAAUUGUGAAAAGCACUGUUUGAGCAUUCUAAGACAUUUUUCAAGUCAUCACAAUUAGAAAAUGUGCUUUAAUUGUGAAGUGAAAGUAACCUAUGUGACACGACCCUAUGUAAAAGAAAUAAAAGUACAAAGAAUGUAUCUCUGUGUGCCAGUCAGUUUACGUUAAAAUCUUCAAAUGCUACUUUUUACUGUUUGCUUUUUCAGAGGCAUGUGUACUAUGUUUAUGUAACUUAUAAAUAAAGUGUUUGGUUAAAAUAAAAAAA